GUGGUGACUGUUGCUGUUUAUACAUUUGAAGCUGAAGUUUCUGUGAGACCCACAGUUAAGUCAGCAGAGAAGAUCAGUGUGUUUGGUCAACUCUUGCUGACAUAAAUCCAGUAAAACAGUCCAACUUGAAGUCAAGUUCAGCCUUAAAACUUCUCAUAAGAUUCCCAACGGUGAGAUGUGAUUUUACCCCUUAAAGUAUGAUUAUCUGAAGCAAGUAUUUGGAAAUCUCUUUUUUGCAAUAUCGCACUGUUUACGACAUUGGUGGUCACAUGUCUCGUGCAAUGAAAGGAGGAGUCAAAACUUCUUGAUCAGGAGAAUAAAAAAAGCAUGAUUGCAUAAAUAUUUGCAGCCGGAUAAUGAGUUUGACGCAAUAGGAAUUGACAGUGAUUAUGAAUGUGAGAAACGAUGCAAGUCUUGGUAAAGCAGGGUUAGAACAGUAGAAGACGUUCAGGUUUCUAUAGUGAAUAUAACAAAGUUUCAUGAGACAUGUUGCAGAGGAAGACGCAAGCUGUGUGCCAGUUAAUACCAAGACAUAACCUGCUGUGAUGGAAGAUGAUGGAAGACAAAGGCUUUCGUGUUGCCGAUUACUUUGUGGUGGCGGGUUUGACUGAUUCAUCCAUACCACUCGAGGAGGAAAUCCACUUCAAUGACAUCUGCCACAAGAUCGCCAAACCCAAAGCCCCGAUCACAGACGUGGCCGUCAUCAUCAAAUCGCUAGGAGAGGAGGUGCCACAAGGCUACACGUGUGUGGACACGACUCCAACAGGACUGUCAGCAGAGCUCAACAAUGGCAGCCUCAUGGGACCCCAGAUCUUCCUGUGCUACAAGAGAGGCAGGGAUAAACCACCUCUCACUGAUCUUGGGGUUUUGUAUGAGUGGAAGGAAAGACUCAAGCAGGGCUGUCAUAUUAUUCAAACCACUCCUUCCGGCCGCCCUGCUAAUAUCAGCAGCCCCUCCUCACAGAGGAUAUAUGUUACUUACCGGCGGGCCCCAGACAGCAUGUCUCAGACUUCCCUGGCCGUGACAGACAUAUGUAUAAUCAUUCCAAGUAAAGGAGAGACCCCACCACACACCUUCUGCAAGGUGGACAAAAAUCUCAAUAGUAGCAUGUGGGGCUCGUCCGUGUACCUUUGUUACAAGAAGUCUGUGGCAAAGACCAAUACCAUAGCAUAUAAAGCUGGUUUAAUUUGCAGGUAUCCAGAAGAAGACUAUGAAUCAUUCCCUUUACCUGAAUCUGUGCCUCUCUUCUGCCUGCCCAUGGGUGCAACGAUCGAAUGCUGGCCUGCCCAAACUAAAUACCCGCUCCCCGUUUUCUCUACAUUCGUAUUGACAGGGUCUUCCGGAGAAAAGGUGUAUGGCGCUGCAAUCCAUUUCUACGAGCCCCACGCGAAGGAGAACCUCAGUGACAAACAGCGCUCCCAACUGGGGCUGAUCAGCGCCACCGAUCGCAAACCCAUUGUCUCCAAAACCAUCCACACCAACAAGUGCAUAUGUCUGCUCUCCCACUGGCCUUUCUUUGAUGCCUUUAGGAAGUUUCUGACAUUCCUGUACCGAUACUCGAUCUCCGGCCCUCAUGUACUACCCAUUGAGAAACAUGUCUCCCAUUUCAUGCACAAAGUUCCUUUUCCAUCGCCUCAAAGGCCGAGAAUCUUGGUACAGCUGUCGCCACAUGAUAACUUGAUACUGAGCCAGCCUGUGUCGUCGCCAUUGCCACUUAGUGGUGGCAGGUUUACUACCCUGCUGCAGAAUCUUGGCCCUGAGAAUGCGAUCACGCUGCUGGUGUUUGCAGUCACAGAACACAAGAUCCUGAUCCACUCACUCAGGCCAGCCGUGGUCACAAGCGUGACAGAGGCGUUGGUCUCUAUGAUUUUCCCUUUCCACUGGCCCUGCCCGUAUAUUCCUCUUUGUCCUUUGGCAUUAGCAGAUGUGCUGAGUGCCCCUUGCCCAUUCAUAGUGGGGGUGGAUUCGAGAUACUUUGACCUGUAUGAUCCGCCGCCAGACGUCAGCUGUGUUGAUCUGGACACUAACACGAUAUCACAUCCUGAAGAUAAGAGGGCUUUGACGUGGAAGAUUCUGCCAAAGAAGGCUUGCAAAAAUCUGAUGAAUUUGUUGAAUAACAUUUACCAGGAACUAGCAGAGUCACAACAGAGACCAAGAGAAGAUGGGUUGAUGGAGUUAACCAUGAGUGACUAUGAUUUUAACUCUGGGAAGAGUCUGCAAACCCUGGAAAUGGAGAUACAGGAGGCAUUCUUGCGCUUCAUGGCCUCGAUACUGAAGGGAUACCGGUCAUACCUUCGUCCCAUUACACAGGCCCCCUCUGAGAAGGCAACUGAUGCGAGCUCUCUGUUCGACUUGCAAGGCUUCCUGAAGAGUCGGGAUCGCUCUCACCAGAAGUUUUACUCGCUGAUGACCAAGACGCAGAUGUUUAUUCGGUUCAUUGAAGAGUGUUCCUUCGUCAGUGACAAGGAUGCAAGUCUGGCAUUUUUCGAUGAUUGUGUAGAUAAACUGUUCAGCACAGAGCACAGUACUGAUAAAGGAAUAAAGGUGGACCUGGACAAGCUGGAGGACAUGCGUCUGAUUGAGCUGGAUGAGUCCCAGCGCAGUGAGCACACCGUGUUCAUCACCCCCCCUGAGCUGCCGGCGCUACCUGAUGGAGAGGAGCACCCUCUGCAGUACAGCUACAAUGGCUUUCCAGUGCUGAUCCUGGAGCUGUUUGAUCGUCCGGAUGGUUUGUUGAAGACCCCGGCUACCAGACUGACCUCGAAGCAGAGCUCUCCCACUAGCCCCGCACCCAUGUUCAGGAGGACUAAACAGGAAAUCAAGUCAGCCCACAAAAUUGCAAAAAAGUACUCCUCCAUACCACAGAUGUGGUCCAAGUGUCUCUUGCGGCAUUGCUACGGCUUGUGGUUCAUCUGUCUGCCUGCGUACGUCAAAGUGUGUCAUUCGAAGAUCAGGGCUCUGAGAACGGCAUACGAUGUGUUGAGAAAAAUGCAAGUCAAGAAACUUGAGCCUCCUGACGAGGUGUGUUACCGUGUUCUGAUGCAGUUGUGUGGACAGUAUGGUCAGCCAGUUUUAGCAGUUCGGGUUCUUUUUGAAAUGAAGAAGGCUGGAGUUCACCCCAAUGCUAUUACAUAUGGCUAUUAUAACAAGGCUGUUUUAGAAAGCACCUGGCCUUCCAGUACUAGGGGUGGCUACUUUCUCUGGAUGAAACUGAGAAAUGUCCUUCUAGGAGUUGUGCAGUUCAGAAGAGCCUUGAAAAAACCCCCGUCACACCCCCCCCAGACCCCUGUCUCAGCAGAUGGCAGUGACCUGGAUGCUGUUAGUCACGGCAGCUUGGAUAGCUCUAACGACACUAACACAGCGGAACAGGCUCCGUUCAGCACUGAUUUAAUCAAAGUAGAUUCUACUGAUGAUAGAUCUAGCACAGCUAGCUGUGGGUAUGGCAGUCUAGUAGAGCACAUGUACCACAUGGAGAAAAUUCCAUACCCCACACAGUGGAUUAGUUCUGAAAUCAGACAUCCCAGUGUCCUUCAAGGUUGUCAGUCUGACCUCGGGUACAACUCUCUGUCGAAGGAGGAGGUGAGGCGUGGAGACGCUGCCACUCAGGAUGGUCCAGUGGAGAAGGAGGACAAGAAGGAGAGCGACUCCAGCUCGCUUUCAGAAAGCGAGAGUGUAAAGGGGAGUGGGGACUCUGUUCCUCAGUUUGAUUGUCAAGAAGCAGCCUGUGGAUUUAAACCUACCGGGGGAAUCGUCCGUAACCCCUUUGAGGCAAUCAGCGAGUCCGGCGACACAAGCAAUGAUCGUGUUGCAGGACUUAUGUUCACCACCUGUUUAGAGGAGAUUGGCUAUGUUCAAAACAACAGUCUUCGGAAGAGACACAAGAGUGCCGUGGAAGGGAGUGUGAAGGAGCCGAUGAGCUGGGGAGACCGGAACCGCAACCUCAGCGGAGACACAAUCCUGGGGCUGCAGAUGAACAAAGGGGGGUGUGUGGAGACUGACACCAGGAAGAUGGCUGAGAAACUGGGAGCCGACAUCAAGAUCCUUGCAAACACUUUCCAGAAGACCGUGAGACCAAACACUCUGGACAUUGGAAACGGCACCCACAGGUCGAAAACUGUAAAGCGAGACAGCCCGGGGAAGGACUCCAGUGACGAAGACGUGGCUUUCGAAGCUGAUAAAAUAGACUCGCCCAGCAUCUUCAACCUAGAGGACAUUGACGACGAGCUGGCCAGCGCUGGGAAGUCUGUGAAAGCAGUGGCUCGGAAGCCACGCAGGGUGGAGAGGUCCAGCAGCAGCAGCUUUACAGCCAGGCCGGUCAAGACAGGCUUCGACCCUCUCUCCCUGUUCGCAGCCCAGACGGAGCAGCAGAUUGAGGAGGAGGAGGAAGUGAGGAGCCUCUCCACCCCCUCUGCACGGAGAGAGCUGGCAGAGGAGAUCGAAAUGUACAUGAACAACAUGAGCAGCCCCCUGGUCAGCCGAGCCCCCAGCGUGGACCUGCAGGGGGCGACGAACGACGACCCCACCUGUAUCCAGGGCCCCUCGGAGGAGGAAAAGAACUCCAGGAGAUCCUGCCUUCCCCCAAGCUCCCCCAGAGCUGUGGGGCUUCCACGCUCCAGGACCUAUCACUCCAGGACAGACAGCAAGCUAAGAGACAGGCUGUGGUCGUCUCCCUCCUUCUCAUCGAACAGCCCGCAGAGGGAGCUGCCUCCAGAUCCCGAGGGAGCAGUGGCGCUGAUGUCCCCGUCGUCUUUUAAUCUGGACACCUUACUAACACCCACCUUUGAUGUGCUCAAGAGCAGCAUGUUUUCAGCUGGGAAAGGAGUAGCAGAAAAAGCCAGCAAGUGGUAUUCCAGAUUUGCUACCUACUCCACAUCGUCUAAGGAUCUGAAUUACGACAGAUCUAGCAUAUCGUCUGGUGGGUUGAUAGAUCCUGAGUCCUCUUCAUUGAUGGAUGAUGAUGUCUACAGUGAAUAUGAAGGGGCAGCGUCCCCUCAAGCAAACAACAUUGCGUACGUGGCUAAGGGGGUGGGACAGAGCCAGACAUCUCACGACAGCUCUUCAAAGCAGCCACAUCACACGGGUAGUGUACUGUCCACAGGAUCCAGCUUCCCAUUGCCCGACAAGUCGGAACUGGAUUCGUCUCGUUACACCAGCAACACCAGUAUAUUUCAAAAUUACGCCAUGGAGGUCCUCAUUUCAAGCUGCUCGCGCUGUAAGACCUGCGACUGUCUGGUCUAUGACGAGGAGAUCAUGGCAGGAUGGACUGCAGACGACUCGAACCUCAACACCACCUGUCCCUUCUGCGGGAGUCCCUUCCUGCCCUUUCUCAACAUUGAGAUCCGUGACCUCCGAGGUCCCGGCAGGUACUUUUUGAAGUACGGCCCAUCUGUGGAGGAAGGCGCGUCCACAGCCUGCUCUACGGCUCCUAACAUGGAGAUCAGGAAUUCUGUCAUCUCCCAUGCUGACCCAGACAUGGCCAUGUCUCCUAAAAUCACAGUACAGGAAUGCCCAGAUCCCGACAGUAGAAGCACUCGCUGUGGGUGCGCCCCUGCUAAGUCCAUAGAGAUUCCCUUGGAGAGAAAGUGGGGUGUCAGUGAUUCAGGCUGUGCGGGGCACCCCAUGGCUCGGAGUGCUACCACCUUCGGUCCACUGGAGGAGGACGAUGCCCCCCGAAGAAACACCCACAGUGUACCCACAGGGAGCUUGCCCUCCAAGUUCAGUGAUGUUGCAGACCUUCUGAGCUUUGAAUGGAGGCUACACAACCCAGAUCCGGUCACGGUUCCCUAUCUCAGUCCUCUCGUACUGUGGAAGGAACUGGAAAGCUUGCUGGAAAACGAAGGGGAUCAUGUGAUAACGGUGGCAGACUUCGUGGACCAUCAUCCCAUUGUGUUCUGGAAUCUGGUGUGGUAUUUCAGACGGCUUGAUCUGCCCAGCAAUUUGCCAGGCUUAAUACUGUCCUCUGAUCAUUGCAACAGAGGGUCAAAGGUUCCUCGAAACUGGUUGUCGGAAGAUAGCAAACAUGUUUUAAUCCAGAUUCUGUGGGACAAUCUUAAACUACACCAGGAUCCAGGACAGCCAUUCUAUAUCCUGUGGAACACACACAGUGUGAAAUACCCCAUGGUAGACGCUGUUCAGAAGGGAGAGGAGCCCUUCAGUGAAGAGUUCUUGCAGAGCGUGGUGAAGAGCAUUCAGCUGAACGACGUCUAUCGGCCCAUGAGUCAAAUCUUAGAGAUUCUGGGCAAACAACUGGGCAUGAAAAGACAGAGAAGCUUAUACAGAGAAAUCCUGUUCCUUUCUCUGGUUGCCCUCGGAAAAGACAACAUUGAUAUUGAUGCUUUUGAUCGAGAGUACAAGAUGGCCUAUGAUCGUCUGACUCCCAGCCAGGUGAAGUUUACACAUAACUGUGAUCGUCCUCCCAGUACUGGAGUCAUGGAGUGCCGUAAGACCUUCGGAGAACCAUAUCUGUAAUAACCACCCCCACCACACGAGGCCGCGCUGUACAGACAGAAACACAGCCCAGCGUCACUGUCAUCACAUCAGGCAGAUGUUUAAAGCUGACUUCAUGUUUGCAAGUCAAGAAAAAAACAACAGUGCAAGAACAGCUAGAAUCAACUCUUAAAAUACUGUCAAAAUAAUAUAUAGUGUUAGGUCAAAAUCAGGCAACACAGAAGUGAAACUUACCAUUUCCUGUUUCUGACACUGGCAGCACUAUGUGAAACGCACAGCAUUCAAAUGCUGUUUCAGCCCAUUACAUGUGCUGUUUGCUCUUCUUAAAAAUGUACGGUAUUGGAACUGAAUGUCCUUUAAACAACAUCACAAAAAGUGUGUUGAAAACAAUGCAACUGUAUAUACUACAUUAGAGCCUUUUUAUAAAUGAGCAUUUGUACUAUAUAGCGAUAUCAUAAUUGCAAUAUUGUACCUAAUUACUCAACUAUUUAUAUAACCAACAUUAUUUAUUUAAAGAUGUUUUGCUUGUAGUUUGUGUUAUCGCUGAUUAAGGGGACUCCUAUGGAUUUAUAAUAUAGGGGGUGUGGAUUUAGUAGCGGGUCCUUGGGUACGCAGGUACAUACGUACUUAUGUCAUACUUCCAUUUUUAUUAAAGCUUAUUGAAUUGUGUUGAAACUUGGUACGGUCGUUCCUUGGUAGGUGUUCCACUAUUAGAUGUUUUUGUACAUGAUGUACAGCUACUGACAAAAAGUUUUGCAUCACCUAGAAUUUUAUGAUUGAGACAUAAUUAAAAAAAAAACAAAAAAAAUGAAU